AUGUCUGAAGUACAAGGAACGGUUGAGUUUUCUGUGGAGCUACAUAAAUUUUAUAAUGUGGACCUUUUUCAGAGAGGGUAUUACCAGAUCCGCGUGACCUUGAAGGUGUCCUCAAGGAUCCCACACAGACUGAGCGCCUCCAUCGCUGGGCAGACAGAGAGCACCAGCCUGCGCUCCGCCUGUGUUCAUGAGGGCACCGUGCACAGCCGCAUCUUUCAAAUCUUGUACAGGAACGAAGAGGUGACCAUAAAUGAUGUCAUGAUCUUCAGAGCUCAUUUGCUCCUAGAUGGUGAAAGGGUGGAAGACGCACUGAGUGAAGUGGAUUUUCAACUCAAGGUGGACCUGCACUUCACGGACAGUGAGCAGCAGCUGCGGGACGUGGCUGGAGCCCCCCUGAUCAGCAGCCGCACGCUGGGCCUGCACUUCCACCCACGGACUGGGCUGCACCACCAGGUCCCGGUCAUGUUCGACUACUUCCACCUGUCGGUCAUCUCGGUCACGGUCCACGCCGCCCUGGUGGCACUGCAGCAGCCACUCAUCAGUUUCGCUCGUCCAGGAAGAGGCUCGUGGCUUGGCAAAGGUGGUCUAGAUGCUGGGCCCGAACAGUCCGGCAUGUCUCUGGAGAACCUGGUGUUUGGCGCUGGAUACUGUAAGCCGACCUCAUCAGAGGGGAGCUUCUAUGUGCCCUCGGAGAACUGCAUGCAGCACGCCUACAAGUGGCACCGGGACCUCUGUCACCUGCUGCUUCACGCCUUCCGAGGUCUCCGUGUCUACUUCCUGCUCAUCAUGAAGGACAUCCCGGAGCUGCCACGCACGGAGCUGGGGGCCCUGGCUGUUGAAGAAACGCUCUCUCAGCUGUGCUCAGAGCUCCAGAUGCUGAACAAUCCAGAGAAAAUAGCUGAACAGAUCAGCAAGGAUCUCGCCUGGCUUGCCUCCCACCUGAUGGCCUUGUGGACCCAGUUCCUGGACACAGUGACACUACACUCCCAAGUGACCACCUAUCUCACCCAGGAGCAUCAUACUUUGAGGGUGCGAAGAUUUUCCGAGGCCUUCUUUUACAUGGAGCACCAAAAACUUGCAAUCUUGACCUUCCAGGAAAAUCUCAUACAGACUCAUGGGCAGCUGGCCCUGGAUGUCCGGAACUCAGAGUACCUGACGAGCAUGCCCCCGCUGCCGGCAGAGUGCCCAGACAUCGACGGUGACUGGAGCACCCUGCCAGUCAUCUUCGAGGACCGUUAUGUGGACUGCCCUGUCAUAGGUCAUAACUUGAAUGGUUAUCCUAAUUUUGAUAUUCCAGGGGCAAGUCCUAUAAGAAGACAUCUAAAAGACAGAGAAGAGAACAGUAAUGUAAAUAGGACAUCAUCUUUCAGGGAAGAUUUGGUCUUGCCUCCUAGGAAACCACCUCCCAUAGACCCCGAUGCAGAGGUCGUCAGGGGUCAAGAUCCUGGUGAGAAUGAGGUCACACCAAGUCAUACAGACCUGUGCUCUGAUUCUCAAGUGUAUCUGACAAUCGGGGAAUUCCAGAACAAAGCAAGUUUUUCCGAAGAAGAACGUGGGACUGGUCAAAGCUCUGAGGGUGGCACACAUUCGUUGGAAGAUGUGGACACGGCCUUAAAGAGUGUGGGUCUAGAGGACAGUCAGGCCCCAGCACUGACCUACAUUGAUGUGAAAUCCAGCAGUAAGACUUCCUGCAGAGCUGAACCAAGGGUGGUCGAACCCACUGUGGUCAUUAGUGCCCAGCAUGAGACUGGGGCCUCAGGAGGCAACCGGAACAUGGACACCACUGGGCUGGACAAACUGGAAGCCAGUAGAAGCUGCCCGAAUGCCAUCUCUGCUGAAAAGUCUUUCCAAGCAGUAAGUCCUCUUGGAAAGGGGGCAGAACAAGAGGGUAAGGGGGUCCCGCUAAGUGUGAAACCUGUCCUGGCUGAGGCCUGUGACCCACUGAGCUCUGCCCUGAGAGAUCUCUCAGACACGAGGCCUUCUCCUAAGGACUCACACACAGAAGGCCAGGAGGAAAUGUUAGUACUCUCUGGGGUCAUCAGGAGGUCAUCGUCCAUUAUCUCUGACUCAGGCAUUGAGAGUGAGCCGAGCUCUGUUGCCUGGUCUGAGGCCCGGAGCAGGGCCCCAGACCUGCCUAGUGAUCGAGAAGUGUUGCAUCAGCUGGUUCGAAGACAUGCCCUCCACAGAAACUCCCUGGAGGGCGGGCACACAGAGAGCAACACAAGCCUGCCCAGCGGCAUCCAGGCUUCUCUCACCUCCAUCAGCUCUUUGCCUUUUGAGGAAGAGGAGAGGGAACUGGCGCUCACCAAGUUGACCAAGUCUGUGUCCGCACCCCAGAUCAGUAGCCCAGAAGAAUCCGCUGAAGACACAGAUGCCGUGCAGCAAGGUGGUCUUGCUGAAGCUCUGGACGUGUACGACAAGAGCCCUGACUCCCCAGGAGACUGCUCCCAACAUUGUGACGCCUCCAGAACCCCCAAGGCUGGCGUGGAUCCUUCCCUUGUGGAGAUAUUUUUAGAUGAUGAUGACUGUCAGGACCCUGAUUACAUAGAUAUCCUCAAAGGUAGAGAGAGUCACGCUGGUCCCCACGGCCACGCCAGUCUGGAUGGUAGAACUGAGAACUCUUCAGGUGUUGAUACCAAAGCUCUUAAUUUAAAAAUACCACGCACCAUAGCACUUGAAACUCCUAGGGACAGAUCUUCCCAUCGAGCGCUAAUGGAGACUCCAAAGAGUGUGCCUUCCACCCUAAAUGUGGGGGGGAGAGUGCUUUCCAAAAUCAGCAUCUCAGAUACCACCCACCAUAAGGUGCCUGUAUGGAGCUGUGUGUCAGCGACUGGUGCAGCCGACCCGGAUCCAGCAGGGCACGGAAGUGGCUUGCCACGCACUGAGGAAGACACAGCCAUUGCUGGAGGAUCUAAUGCCCCAGCUGGGACUGAGCUUGGACAGAACGUAGGCACCGUGUGCCCCACUGUGAUGCACUCCCCCCACUCCCAAGAACCUGAAUCCCAGGAGCCGAAGGCAGGCAUGUCCAUCGCCGUGCCACCACCAACGCCUCCAGAGACCUUUUCCAAGGACAGCAUGAAGGCUGUGGAGGUGGUGAACCUGUCUGUGUCUUGCACUGCCACCUGUCUCCCUUUUUCAUCUGUGCUCAAGGAGACCCCUGCCAGGGCUGGAUUCUCCUCCAAGCAGACCCCCUUCCCCAUAACUCAUCAACCCCUGGGCUCCUUCGGAGGGGUUUCCUCACAUGCCAGCGGGCUGGAGGGAGAAGUCAGCGAAAGAAUGUUUAGUUUCUAUCAGGCCAAAGAGAAAUUUAAAAAAGAACUGAAGAUUGAAGGCUUUCUGUACAGUGACUUAUCUGUACUAGCUUCUGACACGCCGUAUUUCCCACCAGAGGAAGAGGAAGAAAAUUUGGAAGAUGGGAUUCAUCUGGUUGUCUGUGUCCACGGCCUCGAUGGGAACAGUGCAGACCUCCGACUGGUAAAGACUUUCAUCGAACUGGGGCUCCCUGGAGGAAAACUGGACUUCCUAAUGUCUGAAAAGAAUCAGAUGGACACAUUCGCUGAUUUUGACACCAUGACAGACCGAUUGCUGGAUGAGAUCAUCCAGCACAUCCAACUGUACAACCUCUCUAUCUCCCGAAUUAGCUUCAUUGGCCAUUCUCUUGGCAACAUCAUCAUCCGAUCGGUCCUGACCCGGCCCCGGUUUCGGUAUUACCUCAAUAAACUGCACACAUUCCUGUCACUGUCCGGGCCUCACCUGGGCACCCUGUACAACAACAGUACUCUGGUUAGUACAGGCUUGUGGCUCAUGCAGAAAUUGAAGAAAUCUGGUUCCCUUCUGCAGCUGACCUUCAGGGAUCACGCUGAUUUGCGCAAAUGCUUUCUCUACCAGCUAAGCCAAAAAACAGGGCUACAGUACUUUAAAAAUGUUGUGCUGGUGGCUUCUCCCCAAGACCGUUAUGUGCCAUUUCAUUCAGCCAGGAUUGAGAUGUGCAGGACCGCCCUCAAGGACAGACACACAGGGCCAGUCUAUGCAGAAAUGAUCAACAACCUUCUCCGCCCUCUGCUUGAAGCCAAGGACUGCACCUUAAUUCGACACAACGUGUUUCACGCUCUGCCCAACACUGCCAACACCCUGAUCGGCCGAGCCGCCCACAUCGCUGUGCUGGAUUCCGAACUUUUUCUGGAGAAGUUCUUCUUGGUGGCGGGACUCAACUACUUCAAGUAG